UAUCUUUAUUUACAGCCUUUCCAGAGGUUUGUACAGACUGGUCGCAUUGCUAAAUGCUCAGCGGGUCCCUUGAAGGGGCGCCUCGUUGCGAUUGUUGAUGUUAUUGAUCAAACACGGGUACUUGUCGAUGGCCCAUUGACAGGAGUACCACGUCAGGAAUACAGAUUGAAUAAUCUGCAUUUGACAAAAUACCGCAUUAAGUUCCCCUUCACUGCUCCCACACGAAUUGUGCGCAAAGCAUGGAAGGACAGCGACAUGAAAGCCCAAUGGAAGGCAAGCCCGUGGUCAGCAAGAUCGCAGAAUAUUUGCAAGCGUUCGCAUUUGAAUGAUUUCGAUCGCUUCAAGCUGCGUUAUGCAAAGCGUCAACGUAACAAGUUACUUACCAUUGCUUUUAACACGCUGAAGAAACGCACUAAGUCCGACGGCACAGAACGCAAGUUGAAGAAGGACAAACGUGAACGCAUUCGAGAACUGAAGUCACAAGGUGUAAAGAAGGGUGCUGCAAAAAAAUAAAUACCGUGUUCUAACUUUUCAGCUUAGUAUGCUUGUGUACUAGUUGACUAUUCAAAGGAAAAUAAAUUUAUUUUGUAGGAAUAACUGAA